AUGGUCGACGAAGUACACAACGUGCUGGCAGGCGCGCGGCAGAAGCCCAGGGACAAUGUCUACGACUACAUCGUCGUCGGGAGCGGGCCCGGGGGCGGGCCCAUCGCGAGCAAGCUAGCGCGGGCCGGGCACUCGGUGCUGCUAAUCGAGGCGGGCGACAACCAGAGCGCCAACGUCAACUCGGAAAUCGUCGCCUUCUUCCCCGUGGCCUACCAGGACCCGCUGCUGAGGUGGGACUUUUUCGCGCGCAACUUUGACAACACGACGCGCAACCUGCAGCACAACUACAACGUCUGGCGCCGCACCGACGGCUCCUUCUACGUCGGCCGCAGCCCGCCCCCCGGCGCCACCCUGCUGGGUCUCUACUACCCACGCGGCGGCACGCUCGGGGGCAGCACCGCCGUCAACGCCAUGACGGCCAUCCUGCCCAGCGACAGCGACUGGACGAAUGUCGCCGCCUUGACGGGGGACACCACCUGGAACGCCGCGCACAUGCGCGACAUCUUCGUGCGCGUCGAAAACAACCACUACCUCCCACCGGACACGCCGGGCCACGGCUUCGCGGGCUACCUCGACACGACGGCGAACAACAAGGCGGCACUAGCCGGACAGGACGACCUAGUCAGCGUGCUGCGGGCCGUGUCGACUAGCCUGGGGCAGGACGGCGCCGCCAUCCUCGACAACCUAUCCGCCGACGUCAACUACCUCUCCUCCGCCGCGCGCGACCAGGCGCAGGGCGUUUGGGCCGACACGCUGCACGCGACGGCCAAGAUGCGCCGCUCCAGCUCGCGCGACUACAUCCUCAACACGACCAACGCCGUCGACGCCCGCGGCAGCCAAAAGUACCCGCUAUUCGUGCAGCUCAACACGCUCGCCACCAAGAUCCUCUUCAGCUCCCCUUCAGGGAGCCAACAGCAGCCCAAGGCCACCGGCGUCGAGUUCCUGCAGGGCGCGCACCUGUACGGCGCCGACCCCAGCUUCAACGCCUCGGCGCGCGGGACGCCAGGGCGCGCCCACGCACGCAACGAAGUCAUCAUCUCAGCGGGCGCGUUCAACUCGCCGCAGCUGCUGAAGCUGUCCGGCAUCGGGCCGGCCGCCGAGCUCGCGCGGUUCAAGAUCCCACUCGUCGCCAACCUGCCCGGCGUCGGCGCGCGCCUGCAGGACAACCACGAAGUGCCCAUCGUCGGCCAGGCCGCGCGGGCAUUCGCCUCGCCGCCGCCUCCCCCCGGAACCCCCGUGUGCACGUUCGGCGCGCCGGGCGACCCGUGCGUUGCGCUGUGGCGCAACGGGACGGGGCCGUACGCGACGCAGGGCGCGCUGAACGCCAUCUUCCGCAAGUCGUCGGCGGCGGCGCUCGACGAGCGGGAUUUUUUCUUGGUGGGCGGCAACUUCGCGCUGCGCGGGUUCUGGCCGCCGACGGACUCGAUCGUGCCCGACCCGCCGACCAUGUUCGCGCUGUCGACCGUCAAGCUGCAUCCACGCAACACGGCCGGCAACGUGCGGCUGCGCAGCGCCAGCCCGCGCGACGUGCCGGAUAUCGACUUCAACCUGUUUUCGGCGUCUGACCCGGGCACGGCGGCGGAUAUCGCCGCGGCGCUGGACACGGUCAAGUGGGUGCGGCGCGUGUACGCGGCGGUGCCGCCGCCGAUCGGGCCGCUGGUGGCGACGGAGCCGCCGUGCACGGCUGCGAGCGGGGUGGCCGCCGCCGACGGGUCGUGUGUUGAUGCUGAUGAUGUUGCGUGGCUGACGGACCAGGCGUGGGGCCACCACCCGACGAGCACGUGCGCGAUCGGGAGCGAUAGGGACGCGUUGGCGGUGCUCGACUCCAAGUUCCGCGUGCGUGGCGUGCGCGGGCUGCGCGUGGUCGAUGCGAGCGCGUUCCCGCGCGUGCCGGGGCCGUUUCCGGCGCUCCCGACCUUCAUGCUGAGUGAGAAGGCUGCCGAGAGCGUGCUCGCGGAUGCGGGGAGCUGGUGA